AUGCUCGCACAGCAUCUCCAAGCAAUGCCUCAGUGCUGUCCACGCUUCGGGGCCGAGGGGUUCCACUUCGUUCCGCAGACGUGGGUGUUGCCAGGCGACUUCCAGCGCUUUUGGGCAGAUGUUCGCCAGAGCUUCGGCAUCUCGCAGGACUCUGAUGUGAGAGGACGAGCCCAGAGUCCAGGAAAGAAGCGAGCCUGGUCUCGAGGCACAUCCACGGAUGCGACUAGCACCGACGACUCUGAUGACGAGGAGGAGACGUUGACAUUCAUUGCGAAGCCACGGUCUGGUGCCCGCGGUGUCGGCAUUUUUCUCUUCCAGGUCCGAGCCGCCGAUGUGCGAGGUGGCGCAGCCAGCGAUGCUCUGCGACGUGUAAUGGAGCCGAGAAGCAAAUUCGUUGUCCAGAAGUUCUUGAGCAGACCCAUGCUGAUUGACGGCUACAAGUGGGACAUGCGCGUGUACGUCCUCGUCACAAGCGUCCACCCUCUCACGGUUUACCUCUACACCGACGGCUUGGCACGUUUUUGCACAGAUCCAUAUGAGCCGCCAGCUUCUGACAACCUGAGUGAUCGAGAGAUGCACCUGACCAACUUUUCGAUCAACUACGAGAGUGAUGCGUUUGAAGACACGGAAGAUGGGGCUACGGGCAGCAAGCGUUCAUUGCGAACCGUGCUGGACAGCUGUGUGGCGGAUGGUCAAGCCGUUUGGACGGAGAUCGCGACGUGUAUUCGCAAGACACUCUUUUCCAUUGGCCCGAAAAUGCAGGAGAACUAUCACAGCUACUUCGGGCGCACUCGCCCGUGUUUUGAGCAAGGAUCUGGCUGCAGAAGCGCGUGCUUCGAAAUUCUUGGGUUCGAUUUCAUCCUGGACGAAGAUGAGAGGCUUUAUCUGCUGGAGGUGAACUCAGCACCAUCCCUUUCCACACCCACGGCAUUGGAUGAGGAGAUCAAGAGCAGCAUGCUCGGAGAGGCCUUCCGGCUGCUUCGCAUGGACGGUUCCGCAAAAGUGCGCCAUCGUGAGAUUGCGCAACAGCGGCUAGCAGACCGGCAGCAAGAACACGUGGCGAGACGAGAGGAGCUCGCACGCUUGCGCGAAGAGCGGCUGAAGUGCUCCGUGGGCUUCCUCAGCUCCUUGGGCCAGAGGAAGUUGCCGCCAAUCGCGACCAGUCGUCACGAGCCUGGCGAGGCUAGCACCGAGAUGCAGAUGCCAAAGACGGGAGGAGACAAAAUUGUUGAGGGCGACACUGCUGAAGACAGCGAGUCAUCAAGCGAUGACAGCUCGUCGGUGGAGGAAAGUGAUUGGGAGGAAUGCGACGACGAAUUCUGUUUCCUGGGAACCCCUGUCAGCAGGAGCUACGUACAGAUCCUCCCUUCUGCCGACAUGGAAACAGAUGAGUGGAAGGAGAUUCAAGCAGGAGCGGCCAAGCUUGCUCAAGGCUGGAACAUCAAUGCUCGACGCCCGCAGAGCCAACCAGCCUCCGAAGCACAAGAAGCGUCUAUGGGCUGGUUCGAUGUCCCUACAGCGUUGCGCAGCAGAAGCAAACCUGCCAAAGAGCGGGAGGGAAGGCCGGUCUCGCGAGCAAAAACGCAGCUGCUGAUGCCGAAGCCAAGUGCACCAAAGCCGCGGGAAGCCAGAGAAGUCCUCCGCCUGAAGACUGUGCAGAUCGGAUUGUAG